UUAUUAAAGCUACGUCGACAUUUCAAUCUCCAUUCAAUCUCAAAACUCAAAAGGGCGUUGAGGAAAACAGAUUUCUCGUGACUCUCAGAGAUGAAAAAGAUGCAUGAGCGAUUUGGAGCUCGAAAAGAAAAAGGCCUUCACACGGCUCUAUAUAAACCCGCCUUUGCCAGCAUCUGACUUGCAGCAAGCAAAGCAAGAGAAGGUAGAAGAGAGCGAGGAGAAGAAGUAGAAGAAAAGAAAAACGAGAGAGGACCGAAGGAGAUGGCAGGUUGUAGCAUUCGGAUAUUGAUAAUGGCAGCUCUAUUGAUGGCUGCCGUGCACCUGCAGGUGUCAGCACAAGAAUGCCAAAGUGAUAUUGAAGGUUUGAUCAGGGAAUGCACGAAAUACGUGACCAAGAUUGGGCCAAAAAUUCCGCCAUCUCAAGCAUGCUGUGACGUUGUGAAGAAUGCCAACUUUCAAUGUGUGUGUCAGCACGUCACUCAGCAGGUGGAACAGAUUAUUAGCAUUGACAAGGUGGUCUACGUUGCUGACACCUGUGGCAAACCUCUUCCCCAUGGCCAGAAGUGUGGAGACAUCACCAUCCCAUAGGCAUGAAGUGGAUAGAAAGGUGGAGGAAUAGAUCUAGAGAAUAAUAUUAUUGUCUAUCACUCUAUUUGAGUGAUGAAUUCCUUCAAUAUCGUAUUUUCUUUUCUGUUUCAUGAAUAAAUGUUAGAAUUUUGGAAUAACAUAUCUAGAAGUUAAUUUGUUAAUUAACAGAAAUUAUA